GGGUUAGGGCUUUUUUUAUCGGGAAGGGACGAGCAUUAUAAAGAUAGCAAAUCUCCGCCUCCGUUUGCGCCUCCAUCUCUUCCAUAAGGUAGACGGCUUCGGAGUUUAGUUUUUCGUAGCAGGAGAGUUAGCCAUGGUUAACGUUAGCUUCUACAGGAACUAUGGGAAGACUUUCAAAAAGCCCCGUCGUCCGUACGAGAAGGAGCGGCUGGAUGCGGAGCUUAAGCUGGUUGGGGAGUACGGACUGAGGUGCAAGAGGGAGCUGUGGAGGGUUCAGUAUGCGCUGAGCCGGAUCCGUAAUGCAGCGAGGGAGCUCCUGACACUUGAUGAGAAGAACCCUAAGCGAAUUUUUGAGGGUGAGGCUCUUCUUCGCCGGAUGUUUAGAUAUGGGCUGUUGGAGGAGGGUCAGAAUAAGCUCGACUAUGUCUUGGCUCUGACUGUCGAGAACUUCCUCGAGCGCAGGCUGCAAACCCAGGUCUUUAAGUCUGGAAUGGCAAAGUCCAUUCACCAUGCCAGGGUCCUCAUUAGGCAGCGCCACAUUCGGGUGGGUAGGCAAGUGGUGAAUAUUCCAUCAUUCAUGGUGAGGGUGGACUCAGCUAAGCACAUUGAUUUUUCACUUACCAGUCCCUUUGGUGGCGGCCGUCCUGGAAGAGUCAAGCGGAAGAACCAGAGAGCUGCAGCUAAAAAGGCAGCUGGUGGUGAUGGCGAUGAAGAAGAUGAAGAUUAAAGUAACUUUAAUAUUCUACUCUUUUUUUUUCUAUUCAAAGUAUCGAAUUUGACUUUGUCAGGCUUAUUAUUACGAGUUUGCUUUGCGUUUUUUUUUUUUUUGGAGACAUAACUUGCUUUUCUUCAGUUGAUGCUAUUGAAGUUUUGUGUUGCCUUUUGAUAUGAAUUGAGUGAUUUUUGAA